CGUCACAUGUUGUUUUUCUGUUCCGUUCAGUCACUCAGUGCUAGCCUAUGUGUUAUUUACUGUUAAACUGUUACAGAUACCGAAUGGAGAGCACGGCGCCGGCACUGAAAUAGCGCAAAGAGAAACAGUCCAGCUGUUUAUUUGUGCUUCAGGACGGAACAUACAACAAGUUAAAAGAAAGUGAGAGUUAAGGACGUCAGAAUGGAGAGUCCGCCAACGACAGGAGGACCCAUGUUUUCUAAUGUGAAUAUUAAUAAUAACAACAUUAAGAAAUGUGGAUACCUUAGGAAACAGAAGCACGGACACAAGCGGUUUUUCGUGCUGAAGGAACAGAGCGAGGGCUUUCCUGCCAGACUGGAAUAUUACGAGAGCGAAAAGAAAUGGAAAAACAAGUCGGCUGCUAAGAGAGUUAUUCCUCUGGACUCUUGCCUCAAUAUCAACAAGCGAGCAGACGCUAAAUACAAACAUCUGAUCGCCCUUUACACCAAGGACGAGUAUUUUGCCGUAGCUGCUGACAACGAGCAGGAGCAAGAAAACUGGUACACAGUCUUAACAGAUUUAAUGAAUGAGGGGAAAGUGUAUGACGGAUCUGCGUCUAAUUCGGCGUCUUCUUUGGUGGGAUUCGAGGAAGCGAACUACGGUAUUAUCACACCAUCGAAUGCCGCUUAUAAGGAGGUAUGGCAAGUAAAUUUAAAAUCCAAAGGACUGGGUCAGAGUAAGAAUUUAACGGGGGUGUACAGGCUGUGUCUAUCCUGCCGGACAAUUAGCUUCGUAAAACUGAACUCGGAGGUCGCGUCUGUUAGUGUGCAGCUCAUGAAUAUCCGGAGAUGUGGCCAUUCAGACAGCUUUUUCUUUAUCGAAGUGGGCAGGUCCGCUUCCAUCGGACCCGGCGAGCUGUGGAUGCAGGCAGACGACUCCGUGGUGGCACAAAACAUACACGAGACUAUUUUGGAAGCCAUGAAAGCAAUGAAAGAGCUGUCGGAGUUCAGACCGCGCAGUAAAAGUCAAUCCUCCGGUACGAACCCCAUCUCCGUGCCCGCGAGGCGGCACUUGAACAACCUGCCCCCGAGUCAGACGGGGCUGCUUCGGAGGUCAAGGACGGACAGCACGGCAGCCACAUCUCCCGUAACUAAGUUCACUUCCUGUCGGAUAAGAACCGCCAGCGAGGGGGACGGUACCAUGACCAGACCCAUGUCCCUGAACGGAAGCCCUAUCAGCCCCAGUGCUAACCGGAUCCAUCUGAGCCGGUCCAACACAGUCACAGCCAGGCCGUGCAAGGUGUUCGGGUCCUCCUCUCUCCAGCACAGCAAAUCCAUAUCCAUGCCCGUGUCCCACUCCCCGCCCCCUGCUGUCAGCCCCGUCAGCCUGUCCUCCAGCAGCGGCAUGGGCUCUGCCUCUGAAACCAUCCAGCGGGCAUCUAGUGGCAUCGCCUCAGUCUCUGGGUCUCCAAGUGAGGCCGGCUUCAUAUCCUGCGAUGACUAUGGCUCCAGCCCUGGUGAGGUCAGACACCACAUGGCCAACAGAAGCAACAUGCCCGAGUCCAUGGCCGACACACCCCCGUCCCACGAGGGCGUCAGUGCAUAUGGGUACAUGAGCAUGGAGCGGCCGGGAGGCAGCCUGUUCAACCACAGCUACCAGAAGACUUCCAGAGAGGAGGGGCUGGACCUGGACAAGACAUACAGGAAGAGGACGUACUCCCUCACCACGCCGCCUCAGCAGAGGGCACCCCAGCAGGUGUCCUCCACCUCGCUGGACGAGUACACCCUGAUGUGGGCAACUCACAUCAACGGCCACUCGGGGCAGAGCUCGCACACUGCCUCGCCGAAAGUCACCUACCCUGAGGACUAUGGGGACGUUGAAAUCGGGUCACUGAAAGGCUCGGGCAGCAACCUGGGCAAUGAUGGGUACAUGCCCAUGAUGCCUUGGAUGGCCCCACAGGGCGGGAAGAAAGAGAACUAUGUGCCCAUGAGUCCCAUGUGUGUCUCUGCCCCCAAGCAGAUCAUCAACCCACACUCGCACCCCCAGACAGCCGGGGGCAGGUCCAGGACCAACUCCCCUGGCAGCUGCUCCCUGGAUGACAGUGGCUACAUGCACAUGUGGUGCGGCUCCAACCUGUCAGUGGAGAGUGCGGACGGAAAGCUGACCAGUCACGAAUACAUGAACAUGUCACCCGUGGACUCCUGCUUUGCUCUGACACCCUCCAACUACCUCCUCAGCUCCCUGCCUGGCGAGCCCCUGAGACCCCCUCCCUACUCGUACAGUUCGCUGCCUCGUGCCUACAAAAUGCAGGCCCCCCAAAACGGAGACAGCGACCAGUACGUACUGAUGAACCUGCAGAACCAGAAGAUCACGGAGGAGUCUGGCUACUGCAUGGUGUCCGCUGCAUCAGCUGUGGGUGCUGGCCACUCGCCCUCACCCAUGAGGCAGGGCAGGACUGAGAUGCUGUUGCACAGGGGAAGAACCAGCAGACCUUCCAGGCUGAUUCUGGACACACUGAUGACUUUGCCAGGUAUGAACGAGCACCCUUUGCCCACUGAAAACAGCCCUGGGGAAUACAUUAAAAUAGAUUUCAGCGACACCUUGCGAUGUUCCCGGCCCUCUAUGUCUAUGGAGAGUCCAGCUUAUUCACUGGGGUCCAGUGGCCAGCGGAGGUCCCCUCUCUCUGAUUACAUGAACAUUGAUCUGAACACACAGUUGCCCAAACCAGGAGAUGACGCCCCUGUGAGCCCUCCUGGCUCCAUGCUGAAGCUGUCGCCAUGUCCCUUCCAGCCGGGGGAGAGGGGUUACCCCAAAGCCCAUGUGGGCUCUGCACACCUCCCUGGCGGUACGAAGGAUAAUCACACAGAGAUGGUCCUUGGCAUCACCAUCACCCCCCUCCCCUCUGCUUCACAGCCAGUCGAGAAUGCCCAGACUGACAGCCCUACGAAUGGGGUGGAGGGGCUGACACUCACCAACGAGGGUGCCCCAGGGCUAGAGGUAUUCCUGGUGCCCUGCACUCCUGUGGAUCCAGACCGGGGGGCCAAGGUGAUCCGGGCUGACCUUCAGGGGCGGAGGCGGCACAGCUCUGAAACCUUCUCCUCCACCACCAUGGUGACGCCUGUCUUUCCCUCCUUCGCCCAUGACCCCAAGAGGCACAGCUCUGCCUCAGUGGAGAAUGUUUCGAUCCGGAACAACAAGGGCUCUGAUGAGUACGGGAGCCCCAUGUGCCGGAAGACUUCAGCAGGAUUCCAAAAUGGACUUAACUAUCUUGCCUUAAACCUGAUGGAUGGAAAUCUUGAGAACUGUGAGGGUCUUGCUAGACUCAAAGCUGCCAGUUACUGCAAAGGGGGCAUUAAUGGGAUUCAUGUCACUCCUUAUGUUAGUCUGGGAUUCAAGGAGACUGCUGCCACAGUUAAAGAUUAACAAGACCAAAGCUCUCUCUCUGUCCGCUGAGCGAAUGGGCAGACACUGCAGAGCCAUGUGGCAAAGGAAUUGCCAUGCGGGUCGACUGGAUCAUAUGCUGCUGUAGGUGACCUAUGACUCCCGACCUCUGACCCGCAACCUUGGAAAGUUGCCAUAUAGCUCCUCAGGCGCCCACUCCCCCUCCUCCCCCUUCCCAGCCCUCUAUCAGGAACCGAACAGAACUUUACAGUGGACAGAUUUAUGUAGAUACGAAUUUUCUGCUUCAUCGAUGUUGUCUUUUGUCUUUGACCACUGGUUUUAUAUUAGGCUGUGGCCUGCAUUGCCAGUGACACUUGUUCACUAAACCUGUGAAUCAAGUCUGAAGAUACACAACCCUUCAAAAAUGCUUCAUACACAUGUAGAUGCAUACAUACAAAUUUCACACAUUUAUUUAUUUAGGUAUUGAAUAUAUACCUGUGUGUGUAUGUCUGUGCGUAUGUGUGUGUGUGUCUGUCUGUCUGUCUGUCUGUAUGCAACAUGUACAGCCCAGAGAUGGAAUUCCACAAAUUCAACAAAAAAUUGCAGAAAGCCCUACCUCAAAAAAGCCAGAUUAUUGCUUGAAUGUUAAAAUUAUAUAAAAAAAAUAUUUUCAAAAGUGAAUGUUUUGUAACACCAGUCGAAAGCCUUACUUUGUCAUAGAGUGUUUCUACUGAGGAUGUUUAGGUUGGACCUCUACAUGAAAGAACCAAGGACACACAGUUGCCCAUGAAUCUUGAAUGUCUCUGGCCCAGACAGCUGCUGCUUGCAUACUGAAUGCGCAACUUCUGAAA